UCUUUAUCCUUAAACCCUAAUUCCUAAUUCUUACCGCCAUCGCAGUUCUCCAUUCCCAUCCACCCUUCUCCUCUUAAUUUCGUUUCAAGAUCCACCUUCUGUUGAUCGAAUAUGGUGAUGAAUUUGAAAAGGAAACCUUAUAAAGUCGCACUGAAAGCUCUCUCGCCAUCGUGAUGUUUUGGAAUUCCAGAGAUUUACGAUUUGGUUUGAAGGCCAACCACGGCUAAUUGUGAUCGAGUUCUUGUCACUCACUGAUGACUUUCGUGAUUUGCUCAUAUUUUCAGGUGUUUAAACUUGGACUAUAUGUUUUUUUUAUUCAGUGCAAGCCCAUAAAGGAUAACAAGGAUGACAAUGAGGUGGUACGCAGGGUUGUAAAAGAGAUGUGUAAGAUGUGCAAGGCCAUAGAGGAGAAUGAUGAGGUGGUAUGCAGAGGUAUAAAUUCUGUCAGUACAUUUAUCAUAACAUUCUUGGCAGCGAUAGUGAAACGAUUCAGGGACAUGCCAUGUAUCGCCUUGAAACUCUAUUCUCCCACCCUUUUUUCCGUUCUGCCUCGUCGAAACUUUCCCUUUUUUCCGUUCUGCAGUGUAUUAUCUGCAAAAAUCAAAGGAUGAUAGAAGCUGCCAUCGCUGAAAAUCCAAUCAUGAAGAAGGUUUAUGAAUUUGGGGAAGAUGAGGACGUCCCUGCUGCUGAACAACAAAAGAAGCCAAAACCAAUCCAAGAGGAGGAGGAGGAGGUUGCGUACUGAAGAUGCUAGGGGGACGCCCUCUUUUUUUUUUUGGUGAGUUUGGAUGCAAACCCUAAACAAGAAUGCAAUGCUUUAAUUCCUUCUAAUACCUCACUCUCUCAUGAACUAGCACAGGACACAAAAAGUUAUGUUUCAACUGUGUCAUUUAAUUUGUGCGAGUGUAUACUCUCUCAUGAACUAGUAUAGGUCUCAAAAAUUAAUGUUUCAACUGUCAUUUAAUUUGUGCAAGUGUAUAUAUAUGUGUCACAGUCAUGUGUAUGAUGAGAAAUUGAGAAUAGCUAAAAUCAUGUAAACUCCAUCCACAACCUAUCACAAUAUCUGGGUGACAUUUUCUCCCACCUAAACCCUAAACAACAUAUAGCCUUGGAUGCAAGUUUCAUCUCAUUGCUAUCUAACUUCUGCAUUUGGUUGCUUUUACCAUUAUUUCAGUAUACCAUCCUAACCCUACUUGAUAUGUUCAACAACCAUCACCCUUGACCCUGCUAUCACAUCU